GACGCGAGGCGCGGUCCGCCCGCGCAGCCAGUGCGCCGCGGUUUGGGGUGCCGCGCGGUAGCGCGCCCUUUUGCGCCCCGGCGGCCAGAGGUUUGCUGCAGCCCCGCGAAGAGGCAUUAUUACCCACAUUGUACUGAUGAAGAAGCCGACACCAGGAAGAGAAAUGACUCGCCUUGGGGCAAGCGACUGGAAGGGGGCUUCGAAGCCCCCCCCGCUUCUCCCUCUCCUGCUCCCUCUCUGUCCUUCCCCCGCGGGUGUCGGAAACUCGCGCUGCUGGGUCUGUUAGGAAAACAGCGCUUUCUCUCGAUGCCGAGCGAGCCCCAGGCACCCUCGCCGGCCACACACUUCUUUCUCACGGUGGAUGAGGUCGCCUGCAGAUCCGGGCUGGACCUUAUGGGCUGCCCAGGUGGAGAUUUUUUUAAAAGCCUCAUGGGACAGCACUGUUGCUGAAUGCCUGGUACAUACAAGAAACUUGACUGCAUGAAAGGCACUCUCCAAACACAGUAUGUUACCUGGAAUCCAAGAACUAAAUGAGCCAGACUUUCUUUAAGUCUAAAUGUGCUGUUUUCCAUGCGAACUGACAACUCUCAGGGCCACGACGGUAGAGAAACCAUGACUGCUUGAAGCCCGGAAGACUGCCCUUAAUUAAGGAAAAUCCCUGAUUGUUGUUUGAAAUGCUGAGAAAGUUGCUGCGGAGGAGACUUUUCUCUUAUCCCACUAAAUACUUCUUCCUCCUUCUUGUUUUUUCCCUAGUCACCUUCUCUGUUUUAAGAAUUCAUCAAAAGCCCGAAUUUAUAAGUGUUGGACAUUUGGAGCUGGUUGGAGAGAAUCCUAGUAGUAAUAUUAAUUGUACCAAAGUUUUACGGGGGGAUGUAGAGGAAAUCCAAAAGGUACAGCUUGAAAUUCUCACGGUGAAAUUUAGGCAGCGCCCUCGGUGGACAACCAGUGACUAUAUAAACAUGACCAGAGAUUGUAAUUCUUUCAUCAAGAGGCGGAAAUAUAUCAUGCAACCCCUUAGUAAAGAAGAGGAAGAGUUUCCCAUAGCAUAUUCUAUAGUGGUUCAUCACAAAAUUGAAAUGCUUGACAGGCUCCUGAGAGCCAUCUAUAUGCCUCAGAAUUUCUACUGCAUUCACGUGGACAGAAAGUCAGAGGAUUCCUUUUUGGCCGCGGUGAUUGGCAUCGCGUCCUGCUUCAGUAAUGUCUUUGUGGCCAGUCAGCUGGAGAGUGUGGUGUAUGCCUCGUGGAGUCGGGUUCAGGCCGACCUCAACUGCAUGCAAGACCUCUACAGGAUGAGUGCAGACUGGAAGUACUUGAUAAAUCUUUGCGGUAUGGAUUUUCCCAUUAAAACCAACCUGGAAAUUGUCCGGAAGCUCAAGUCGCUAAUGGGUGAAAACAACCUAGAAACUGAGAGAAUGCCAUCCAAUAAAAAAGAAAGGUGGAAAAAGCAUUACACAGUUGUUAAUGGGAAGCUGACGAACACGGGGACUGACAAAAUGCACCCUCCUCUCGAAACACCUCUGUUUUCAGGCAGUGCCUACUUUGUGGUCAGUAGGAUGUACGUGGGGUAUGUGCUAGAGAACGAAAAAAUCCAAAAGUUUAUGGAGUGGGCUAAAGAUACAUACAGCCCGGAUGAGUAUCUCUGGGCCACUAUUCAGAGGAUCCCUGAUGUCCCAGGCUCACUGUCCUUAAGCCAGAAGUAUGACAUGUCUGACAUGCAUGCAAUUGCAAGGUUUGUCAAAUGGCAGUAUUUCGAAGGGGAUGUUUCCAAGGGUGCCCCCUACCCACCCUGCCGUGGGGUCCAUGUGCGUUCUGUGUGCGUGUUCGGAGCCGGGGACUUGAACUGGAUGCUACGCAAGCACCACUUGUUUGCCAACAAGUUUGACACAGACAUUGACCUCUUUGCCAUCCAGUGUUUGGAUGAGCAUCUGAGGCAUAAAGCCCUGGAGACAUUAAAACAUUGAUGGUUCAUUUUAGUCAACACUAGAAAUGAGAAGACGUGUGCAUGAGAUGCACCCUACCUGAUUCUUCUGCCUGGUGAUAAACAGAGAAACUAUAGGGGGCGCUCUUUGGGUUAGGGACCUCCUUGAAGCUGUGUGAUUUCUGCCCAGCACCAUGGGUUAGAAAGGUUAUAGCAUUAAAUGUUGACCUAGAGUUAGCAUGGGGUCAGGGUAGGUUGGGAGGCCCUGUGGGGGGCAGUGGCCCACGUAGCUGGGGAUGCAGCUGAAUGCAAAAACCAGCCUGUUAAAAGAACUCAGGGACUUAACAAAGUGACCAAGAUUUCAUCUGUGCCAAAAUUACUUUGAGAGCUUUACUUAUGACAGUUUUCUUGAUUUGAAUAAAUUUAUAGCAACAACCAGUUGUAAGGAUAUAAUUUAUCUUGCAGGUUUUAUGUGGUGAAAUAGAAAUUUGACUUUAAAUGGUCCUUGUAAAUAAUUUACUUUCUGCUGUAACAUGGUGUUGGGUAGCAUGUCGGUAUGUGUCAUCUCAGGGAACUUGAAAAAAUGGGCUUGACUGAACGUGAAUAUUUCUAAUUUUUGCUUCUAACAAUGUCUAUAUGCUUUUAAAAACAAAAGAAAAAGUGGCAACGUCUAGCUUCGUUGAUUCUAUGAAUCAUCUUAGCUUAUUAGAAAAGAUACCUUAAGUUAUUUAAAAAGUUAAGAGAUCUUUGUUUAUUAUUAUAGUCUCUGCAGAGAAACUCAAUUUUCCAAAUACUUGUCUCGACUCACCCCUGCCCCUGUCUCCUCAGACCCUGCUAUCAAGCUACAGAAAAACUUGUUUUCAUAGUGCCUCAGUUCCCUUAACGUGAUCCAAGACAGAAAGGGAGUAGUGUGUAUGGGGAGUGGGGAUCUAAGACAGAAAGGGUGUAGUAGGUAUGGGGAGUAGGAGAAGAGGCAGCCCUAUUUGGGCAGUUUCUGAGGCCUAUGAUGAAUGUUCUAGCAGUCAUUCAUCUUAGUAUAGCCAGAUAGUAAGGCUAUUGCUCUUGGGAUCUGCUUAGGUCCAGCUUCCCAGGGACUUGCAUCUUAAUGUCACCUGUGUCUCCACUUCAAAGGACUGGCUGGCUUCUGCUGUCCUUGCUUCUUCAGGUUACCUGCCCCUUAGUUAUUCCUUAGCCCUUGGAUUGUAAGUUUCCUUCUUCCUUAGAACACAUAAGCUGUUUUUUCACAUGCCUAUGGCGUCUGCUCUACUUUUCCACCAAAAGACAAAUGAUUCCAGGUUGCCAUUGUGCUAUCUCAUAUCUCAAAGUAAAUGAAGAUUAGAAAGAAAACAUUCUUUUGCUAAGCUGAUAGUGUUCAGCCAGAGAUCUAACAGGAAAUGGGACACCUUAUCAUUUAGCUGAGGCUCUAAAUGAUCAAAACUAUGUACUUCAUUAUAAAGCAUAGCAAAUUUAAGUGAUACAGAAGAAAUUCAUAAUACAAGCAGUUUUCAGGCAUUCAACUGAGAAAAUAUUCUUUAUUCCUUAAAGUUAGAGAACAUUUUCAUUUUAUGGAGAGAGCUUUGUUCUACCGACCCUCCUGAAUGAAAUUUUCACAUUUUUAAAAGCUUUGUCAUCAUGUGUAAACGUGCAAGUCAGUAGAUUGCUGUUUUGCAUAAUUAGAUAAGGCAGCCAAUGUUGGACCAGGAAAACAUACUCUGAAAACUCAAAGAUGAUGUCCAUGAGGGCAUAAGAUGAUAGUGCUGCCUCUCGCCUUUUAAAUCAGUUUGUUCUUUUAAUGCAUGUCAAAUGUUUCUCCCAUGCUCUUAGCAGAAGGAUUUACCUAUGGAUGGGUCCUUUUUUUUUCUCUAAAAUUAGUGGUAUUCAUUGACAAAUACUUUGUCUUAUAUUUUUACUUCAUUCAUGGUGUCUUGUUUUAUGUGCAUUUUCAUUUCUGAUUUUGAAAAUUUGCAAAUUUAUAGGAAAGUUAAAAAUAAUAGUACAGUGAACACCAUAUCACCCUCACCUGGAAUCGCUGGUUGUUAACAUCGUGUCCCACUUGCUUUAAAUUAUAUGGAUUUUGGAAUUUAGCAGAAAUUGAAGGUUAAAUCUAUCUUUUUAAUUUACAAAUAUCCAAGGUUAUUUACCUCAACUCUACUUUGUAGUGUGACGGCAAGUGAUUUACAUUUAAAACUGAUAGGUUUUGAGAGAUUUUUCUCCACCAUAGAUACAAAAAUAAGACUUUAGAGUGUCAUCUCCCCAAGUCCCACACUAAAACUAUGGACCUACUGUCUUCUGUAUAGCUGUGGUACCUCAGUAUUCUAGAAUGGCACUUGGUGAGAUAUGUCUGAACAUUACCCUAUUGCUAAUGCCUGUUAGAGGAAUUAUAUAAAAUCUGUUUAUUGUGACUUCCUUUUAUACAUUUUAGCAUAACUUAGAGCAAAUAAAAUUCAUACUAUGGGACAUGGGUGACAGGCUGGCUCAGUCAGUAGAGCAUGUGACUCUUGA